CGGUUCUACCCACUUUCGAUAACAUUUAUCGAAUGAUACAACACAUCUGUGUGAGGAUUUAAUCGUAUCCAAUUGUGUAAAUUCGAUCCCGAUUUUUAGAAUUUCGACGUAGACUCUUUAUUAUAUUAAGAUAAAGUGAAAUUCUAAUUUACUCUAUCUCGUAAGUAAUGAUUUCCAUCAUUCUAGUCGUUCUUUUAUCUUCAAGUUGCAAUUUAGCUCGAGCAUCCGAAGAUGGAUGGAGUUACGAAGGUGAUGAUGGUCCGGAGAAUUGGGUAAAAGGAUAUCGAAAUUGUGGAGGAAAACGACAAUCUCCCAUCGACAUAAAAGGAAGCGAUACAAAAUCGAAGACACGGGAUCCUCCUCUGGAGAACUUCGUAAACUAUAACAAAUAUUCGAAGAGCUGCAGCCUAACAAAUAACGGUCACAGCGUUCAGUUAAAAAUCGAAGAUUUUCAAGCCCAGUUCACUAAUUCGGAUUCUUCGAAAAAAUAUAACUUCGUCCAACUGCAUUUUCAUUGGGGAAGCGAAAACGACAAAGGCUCAGAACAUAGCUUCGACGACAGACAUUUGGCUCUAGAGGUACACUUAGUACACCAGGAAGUUAAACGACCGAACCGACUGGCAGUUGUGGCGGUUUUGUUCAAAGCGGUGGAAAAAGACAACGGAGACCUCGAACCCAUUGUGGAAGUUCUGCGCCACGUUCGAAAGGUAGGACUUACCACGGGUCUAGAGCAGGAUUUUCGACUUUCCAACCUCAUUCCUAACGGAAAAUUGAAAUAUUUUACCUAUUCCGGAUCGUUAACCACCCCGCCAUGUACGGAGGACGUCGUUUGGAUUGUUUUUAGAAACACAAACGAGAUAGGAAUCAAUCAAUUGGAGAAAUUUCGUUCUCUGGAAAUGAAUGCUUUUAACCUGUCGGUAAGUGCAAGAGGAAAUGCUAGACCCCUUCAGGAGCUGAAUGGAAGAACGGUUUAUUAUUCGAAGACUGCAGUCGUCCUUCCGAAUACGUUAUUGCUGCUGUUUGUGUUUUUGGGAAGGAUAUUUUGGCUCGUCGAUUAUUAAUCGAAAUCCUUUAAUGUGCCGUGCGUACACGGUCGACAAAUUGUUGAAACAUUUUCUUGCCUUUACGUAUUCAUCGAGUUCAAAUGCAGCCGUGUACACGGGCGACACUUCCGUGUUACGACGAUCCCGCGGCCACGAAGAAAUCACUGGAGGACUAGAGGAACAAACUGAAAAAGCACUAGGUCUAUUAACUACGAUUUAAGUAUAAAAAUAAUAACGGUAUCCUAAAUUUACGUGAAAACAUAAACGUAUAUAAUACACUGCAGAUGAGCACUACUGACUAAAUCGGAGGGGUUUAGCCACUUCGUAACUCCCGUAGCUACGGGUCUGUAUUACAACUAAAAUUACCCUAGUGCGAUCAGAAGAGGUCGUGCCCCGGAGAAAUUCUGUCACCGAUCAUCAAGACAUGCCAGGGACCUUGCCCUCGGCCUGAUAUCCUUUUUUUUUUUUUUUUUUACUAAUCGUAAGGGUAUAUAUAUAAGAUAUAUAAGGGCACUUAUAUAUAAGAUUAUAUACUGUAUAUCCCUCCAGUGGACUCUUAUAACGUCAGUGUAGGGACAUUGCAUAAAAAUAGUUCUCGACUCUAGUCACACCCACACGAGCCUAUUCGUAAAUAGCAACCGCCUCUACAACAUACAAAACUUUGCAUAUUAGUUUUCUUGGCAACAAUUUUGUUCCAACAAUUUGUCGAGUGUUGCAUAUAUCAAUCAUCGUUCAUUUAUACACACCGUACAACUGAAUUACCGAUUUAGACUUAAAUUCUUGAUAGUAAGUGGAAAAUUUUCAAGUACUGUAAUUUAUGCAGUGUCUUAAAACUGUAGUUUUCGCCAUUCCUUAAAUCGUUUAGUCCUUGCCGUAAACUAAAUGUCAUUUAAAAAUUGUUACGGAUUCGUUAAAAUAUACAUGUAAUCGUCUAUUCAUUAAAUCUUCGCAAAGAACGUUAAUACCACAGAAGUUAAUGAUUAAUUUAUUUUCGUGGAUUUAGCGUUACGACUUUGGCUGGAAUUAAUUGUGGCACUUCUCUACUUAAAAUUCGAUUUAAUUUUAACGUAAUCGAGAGUUACAAUGGCCUAAAUCUGGUUUUAAUAUAAUCGUAACUAUGAUAAAAGAAUCCUUUUUUUUUCCGUUGGCAUCUUACAGAAAAGAAUAGCAAGACACUUAGAAAUAACUUACUUGUAUCAAUCCAGUAAUCCAUUAGUGUAUUGUUGUUAUUUCAGCUAAACUAGAUAUAAAUCAUCUCCUGCAUUCGUGUGUAUCCUAACAGGGUGAGUCUCCACAUAGAACGAGGAAGACUGCCAGAUUGCUACAGAUGCUUGGACUUUAAUCUCCACCACACAGCAAAGGUCACAAAGGCCCAAAAACACAUUUGGGCUGUAAGGCGGAUGCUAUGUAACUUCCCACCCAAGGCAAGGCAUGGACUUUAAAGUUUCUCUAAGGUCGCUGUAGUUCCAGUAGCUGUAACAGAAUGAUUCGGUCUGGCAGCUUUCCUCUUUCUAUGUGGAAGGUUUAUACAAACUUAUACCAUUUAUUUUAAUUAAACUUGAUAAAAUAGAAAGUACAUUAAUUAAUAAACAAAUUUUCAUAUUAUGUUAUAGCAGUAAAACAGAAUGUGGGAACAUAAGAAAAAAAAAAGGAAGAGUAUAUUUGUGUUGAUGCAUAUGACCUCAGUCUAGCACAGAAAGUGGGGAUAGACAAGACAUGAAAAGAAAUGAGGAAUGAGAGACAAUUAAGAGUAAGAAUGAGAUAUGAGAACUUUCGUACCACUCCAGUUCUGUUUUAAUUAUGAGAAAAAAUUAAAAACAGAUCUUGAGUCACGUGAAAGUUCUCAUCCUUUCUUCUAAUUGUCUUGGAAAAUAGUUUGCCUUAUAAUUUAAAAUUAUUGCAUAAAUCAUACAUCCACUUUAGUUUAUAAUACCCAAAAAGACAAGACAAAAUUCCCAAAGCAAACAUUUUAACACAGUUACAUUGAAGACAAGUACAAGAAGAAUGUUGAUUGAUAUAUACAAGGUAAUUGUAAAGUUCUUAGAUAGAAAAAUUUUAAACAUUUGUCAAUUUAUAAGUUUGAUAUCAAAGAAAUAUGUAAGUAACAUAUAUUAUAUAUGUAUAACACAAACAAAAAUUUUUUAAAUUCAGUUUGAGAACUUUAUGAUCACCCUGUAUUUUGCCUGCAAAAACAGUGCAUGCAUUAGUAUAUUUAAUCUUUGUAGUACUCCACAGUUUAUAUGAAUUGUUAAACACAAAUAAAUACACAUAAGUUAACAUUUUAUCAAAUAUUCAAAGAUUGUGAAAGAUUUACAUCCUUUUCGAGUUGAGGAUAAAUCUUUUACGAUCUUUGUUGCAACGAAAGGUUUGACAAGACAGAAAUUUCUUUCUUGUAAAAGAACUUUUAUUGAUUUCUACUUUAUAUUAAUAAUUUGAAGGUAUAAAUUACAAAAGCACCAGCUAGAAUUUAUUAAACUAGAAUUUACAUCGAAAACGCACUUUCUAUACAAAAGGAAAUAAUAACGAUCGACGACGGUGCAACAAAUUCAAAAAUUUCUCAUUA